UAGCUAGUUUCACUUCACUGUCACUCAUCAGAGGUGCAGUGUAGUACGAGCGAUCGUACAAGCGCGCGAGUGAUUUCUGGCCAUAUGGAGGUGAAGGUGCUGAGCUCCAAGCUCGUCAAACCGUCGUACCCUGCGGGCGCGCCGCGGCCGGACACCACGGAGCACGUGCCGUCGUCGGUGUUCGACAAGGUCACUUACCACAUGCAGAUGGCCAUCAUCUACGCCUUCUCUCCGCCGGGUCCGUCCCCGGGCGACAUCGAGCGCGGCCUCGCCGCGGUGCUGGGCGCGUACCGGCUCUUCGCCGGCCAGGUCCGCCCGGGCCCGGACGAUGAUGGCGCGCCGGGGGUGCUGCUCAACGACCACGGCGCCCGCCUCGUCGAGGCGUCCGUGGACGCGCACCUCGCCGACAUCGCCCCCACGAAGCCGUCGCCCCUCGUGCUGCGCCUGCACCCGGACCUGGAGGGCGACAUCCGGGAGGUGGUGCAGGUGCAGCUCACGCGCUUCGCUUGCGGCUCACUCGCCGUCGGGUUCACCGCCAACCACGCCGUGGCGGACGGCCACGCCACCAGCGACUUCCUCGUCGCCUGGGGCCGCGCCGCGCGCGGGCUCCCCGUCGGCCCGUCGCCGCCGGUCCACCACCGGGGCCUCUUCCCACCGCGCCACCCGCCGUUCGUCGAGUUCGCGCACCGCGGCGUGGAGUACUGCAGGCCCGCGCCGUCGUCCCACCCUCCGGCGGCGGCCCAUGGCCACGGCCACGGCGACGACACCCAGCAGCACAACAUCGUGAUCCACAAGGCACACUUCACCAAGGACUUCGUCGCGGGGAUCCGCGCCAAGGCGUCCGAAGGGCGUGGCCGCCCCUUCAGCCGGUUCGAGACGAUCCUGGCACACGUGUGGCGCACCAUGACGCGCGCGCGCGGGCUCGGCAACCCGCUCCAGACCUCCACCAUCCGCAUCUCCGUGGACGGGCGGCCGCGCCUCGCCGCGCCGCCGGGCUACUUCGGCAACCUGGUCCUCUGGGCGUUCCCGCGCACCACGGUGGGGAACCUCGUCAACCGGCCGCUCAAGCACGCGGCGCAGGCGAUCCACGACGCCGUGGCGCGGGCGGACGGCGCCUACUUCCAGUCGUUCGUGGACUUCGCGAGCUCCGGCGCGGUGGAGAAGGAAGGGCUGGAGACGACGGCCGUGCUCAAGGACGUGCUGUGCCCGGACCUGGAGGUGGACAGCUGGCUGACGUUCCCGUUCUACGAGCUGGACUUCGGCGCCGGCAGCCCGAGCUACUUCAUGCCGUCCUACUUCCCCACGGAAGGGAUGCUGUUCCUGGUGCCGUCCUACCUGGGCGACGGCAGCGUGGACGCCUUCGUGCCUGUGUUCGAGCACAACCUGGAGGCGUUCAAGCAGUUCUGCUACUCCAUGGAGUAGCUAGCUUCAACUCUUGUGCAUGCAUGCUGCAUGGCCAGCGGCACUACAAAUUGUCAAAUUGAGCUAUGCUAUGCAUGCCUAAUUAUACGCUGCGUAGUGCGUAUACAUGAUACUUGCGUGCAUGCACACAUGCAACGUUGAUUGUUACUAUUAUUACCGUAAAACCGUAUUCGGUAUAUA